AUCAGUGGUGCCGGGGAUACAGCGGAUCACCGAUCAACGGAAAGACGUCAGCUCUGUCAUGUGAUCAGCUGUGUCCAAUCACAGCUGAUCGCAUGGGACAUGUACACUGAUCAUCAGGGCACUGAUGAUCAGUGUGCCCUGAUGAUCAGUGUAACCCCAGCAGUGCCACCUGUCAUUGCCUAUCAAUGCCACAUAUCAGUGCCUACCAGUGCACAUCAAUGCCACAUAUCAGUGCCCAUCUGAGCUGCCUAUCAGUGCUAGUCAGUGCCAACUAUCAGUGCCAGUCAGUGCCGCCUAUCAGUACCAGUCAGUGCCGCCUAUCAGUGCCAGUCAGUGCCACCUAACAGUGCCAGUCAGUGCCGCCUAACAGUGCCGUAUAUGAGUGCUGUCUUUCAGUGUCCAUCAGUGAUGCCUGUCAAUGCCCAUCAGUGCCACCU